UCUGUGAAUAUCUGUUGGGUUUUAAGUUUUGCUUUGACACACAUGUAGGUCACUGGAGCAGGAAAAUGCAUAUACAUAGCGUAUACAUUUGUGCUGCAACAAUACUUUCUAUUGCGCACCACUCUUUUUCAUCUGAAAAUCAGACUAUUAUUAAUAAUGUAACUAAAACUGAAUAUAAUGAUUUAAAUCUGACUCAAAAUGUUAGUUUGGACAAAGCAAAACCCACCAAUGCUUCCCUUGAGGAGAAUACUGAAGCGCAAAGCAAAGACGGAUACCACAACACAGAGGCUCAUGGAAAAGCAGACUGUCCACCAUUGGGUUUGGAGUCUCUGAGAGUCUCUGAUGAUCAGCUGCAGGCUUCCUCGUCUUUGAGCGUUGGGCUGGGUCCUCACAGAGGCCGUCUUAAUAUACAGUCUGGUAUAGAAGAUGACGAUGAGUAUGAUGGUGCGUGGUGUGCCGACCUGGAGGAUCAAGAACAGUGGUUGCAAGUGGAUGCUCUCAGACCAACUCUGUUUACUGGGGUCAUCCUACAGGGCAGAAACUCCAUCUGGAGCUUGGACUGGGUCCGCACUUAUAAAGUGCAGUUCAGUAAUGACUCAUUGGUUUGGCAGCCCUGCAUGAACGGAUCAGAGGAGGCAGUGUUUGUUGGGAAUGGAGAUCAGGAGACUCCGGUUCUGGCUUUGUUCCUUGAGCCCACAGUGGCUCAGUUUAUUCGCAUUAACCCACAGACGUGGUUCAGCAACGGCACAAUUUGCCUCCGGGCUGAAGUGCUGGGUUGCCCAGUAACAGAUCCCGAUUACCCACAAUUGUCCGAAUCCUCAGACGAUUUAGACUUCAGACACCACAAUUACAAUGAAAUGAGGAAGCUAUUGAAGUCUGUCAAUGAUGAGUGUCCAGAUAUCACACGGAUCUACACUAUUGGGAGGAGUUACACUGGACUGAAGCUGUAUGUUAUGGAAAUAUCUGAUAACCCAGGAAAACAUGAACUUGGUGAACCGGAGUUCCGCUAUGUUGCCGGGAUGCAUGGAAAUGAAGUAUUGGGCCGUGAGCUCCUGUUAAACCUCAUGCAGUAUAUCUGCCAUGAGUAUAAGAAAGGCAAUCAGCGUGUCAUACAGCUGGUGAAGGACACGCGCAUCCACCUGCUGCCAUCUAUGAACCCGGAUGGAUAUGAAAAAGCGUAUGAGAAGGGCUCAGAACUCUCUGGUUGGGCUCUUGGACGCUACAGCUUUGAGUAUAUCGACAUGAACCAUAACUUUCCUGAUCUAAACAACAUCAUGUGGGACGCUCAGGAGAUGGCCACGGACAAGAAGAAAGUGAGCAACCAUUACAUACCCAUGCCGGAGUACUACACCUCAACUGCUGCAUUAGUUGCCCCAGAGACCCGUGCUGUUAUUAACUGGAUGCAAGACAUACCUUUUGUUCUGAGCGCCAAUCUGCACGGAGGAGAACUGGUGGUCACAUACCCUUUUGACUGCACACGUGAUUGGAUCCCUCGCCAGGACACGCCCACCGCAGACAACGACUUCUUUCGUUGGCUGGCUGCCGUCUAUGCAUCCACCAAUUUAGUGAUGUCGAACCCGAAUCGAAGAACUUGUCACUGGGAAGACUUUCAGCAGCACAACAACAUCAUCAAUGGAGCUAAUUGGCACACUGUUCCAGGAAGUAUGAAUGACUUCAGUUACCUCCACACUAACUGCUUUGAAAUAACUGUAGAGUUAUCCUGUGAUAAGUUUCCUCAUGCCAGUGAGCUUCCUGUUGAAUGGGAGAGCAACAAAGAGUCCCUCCUUCUGUACAUGGAGCAGGUGCACAGAGGUAUAAAGGGAGUCAUCAGGGACAAGGACACUAAAGCUGGAAUUGCAAAUGCUGUCAUUAAAGUGGAAGGGGUGGACCAUGACAUAAGAUCUGCUGUAGAUGGUGAUUACUGGCGUUUGCUGAAUCCAGGUGAAUAUAAGAUAAUCGUGUGGGCAGAAGGCUACUUUCCCAGGAUCCGACACUGCAACGUCGGGUCAGAGCCCCGUCCGACCAUCUGUGACUUCACCCUUACUAAGACUUCCCAGGAUCGUCUCAAACAGAUCCUAGCACAAGGCAGGAAAAUCCCCAGGGAUGAUCAGGUACGAAUCCGUGCCAUGCGAAUGCGCAAACUCCGUGCCAGCACCAAGAUUCUCAACCGCCGUCGAGAGCAACAGCAGCGUCUUAACAAAGUCAAAACGAAAUGAACUUGUAAGAUAUUGACCCAGUCUGUCACAGGUUGAGAGACAUUGAACUGUAACAUAACUCACUGCAAAGCUUUCUGUGCAAUCAUAGUAAGAAUCACAACUUUUUUUGUGUAAUGAGAAUAAUGUAGAAGUCAAUGACAUGCAAGUCAGCAAAGUGCAAUUAAAGGAAUAGUUCACCCAAAAAUUAAAAUUCUGUCAUCAUUUAGGCUACCCACUCUUAUGUUGUUACAAACCCGCAUACAUUUCUUCUUGUUCUGAUGAACAUGAAGGAAGAUAUUUUGAGAAAUGUUUGUAACCAAACAUUCGCAGAAUCCAUUCACUUCCAUAGUAGGAAAAAUAAUAUAAGUAAAUGGGGUCCACGAACAGUUUGGCUACAAACAUUUCUCAAAAUAUCUUCCUUCAUGUUCAUCAGAACAAAAAAAUGUAUGCAGGUUUGUAACAACAUGAGAGUAAGAAAAUGAAUUUUCAUUUUUGGGUGAACUAUCCCUUUAAGGAUUUAAAGCUACAGGUUUCUCUGGUUUAACAUGAGCACAUGUGAAUGUUUCUUUACCACUACUACAGAUUUCUGUGAAUGUCUUUUUUAAUAGAAAAAUAAACUGAGGAUGUAGCUGGUUUUCUACACUCAGAUCAUGAUGAUAGAGUGCCGCAUGGAUGAUACAUUUUUGUAGGCUAACCCGGAAGUUAACGGGACAUUGGUUGCCUCGAAAUAAAGCCCAUUCAUUUUUUUUCCAUAAACUUUUGGAUUAUCGCCAAAAAUAAGCUCUGCACAAAUGUCUGGGUUAUUUUUAACCCAUAAUGGGUAAAUAUUUGACAGAACACAUGCUGGGUUAAAAAUCACCCCAAAUUACCCAAACUUGGGUUGUUGUUAUGCAACCAUGUGUUAUAAUAACCCAGCAGUUAGGUUAAAACUACCCAGCAUUUGGUCAAUUUUAACCCAGCAGUGUGUUCUGUCCAAUAUUUACCCAACACGGCUUAAAAAUAACCCAGCCAUUUUUAGAGUGUGUGUUUAAAAAAAGCUUGACACUUACAGGUUUUGUCUAACAAGUUAGUCUUCACACAUGAACACAACUUUGGUAACACUUUACAAUAAGGUUGUAUUUGUUAACGAUUAGUUGAUGCAUUAAAGGGGGCACUUCACAAGACUUUUUUAAGUUGUCAACUAAAUCUUUGGUGUCCCUAAAGUACAUAAAGUUUGAUCUUAAAAUACCAUAUAGAUAAUUUAUCAUAGUAUGUAAAAUUGCCACUUUGUAGGUGUGAGCAAAAAUUUGCCGUUUUGGGUGUGUCCUUUAAAAUGCAAAUGAGCUGAUCUCUGCACUAAAUGGCAGUGCCAUGGUUGGAUAGUGCAGAUUAAGAGGUGGUAUUAUCCCCUUCUGACAUCAUAAGGGGAGCCAAAUUUCUGUGAGCUAUUUUUUCACAUGCUUGUGAAGAAUGGUUCAUCAAAACUAAGUUGCUGGGUUGAUCUUUUUACAUAUUCUAGGUUGAUAGAAGCACUGGGGACCCAAUCAUAGCACUUAAACAUGGAAAAAGUGAUUUUCAUAUGUCCCUUUAACUAACAUAAACUAACAAUGAACAAUAAGUCUACAGCAUUUAUUAAUCUUAGUUAAUGAUAAAUUCAGUAAUUACUAAAAUAUUUGAAAAUACAAGCGUUGAAGUGUUGUUUCUAGUGAACGCAUUUACAUAGAACACAUUUUUAUUCAUCUGUGAAGAUUAACCUGUUGGACAAAACGUGUAAGUGUCAAAACACUUUUGACGUGUAAAAAAAGGGACACAAAAAGUGUCAAAAAAUAACAAGUCUAUGGGGAAAAUGAAUGGGCUUAUUAGUGAGGGAAUCAUUGUCCUGCUAACUUCCAGGGGUUGACCUACAAAAAUACAUCAUCACUGCGGAACUCUAUAUUGAUAUUACUAAAAAGCUAAUAAAAGAUUUUACAGUAUGUA